GUCAAGCUGUAGGGCAACCACAGGACUAUUCUGGGAAUUUCACUGCAAAACAGUUUGCCUGCAGAGCUCCCAUUUGUCUCGUCAGCAUCUAGACACUUCUCCUCAAUUAAAAAUGAAUUAAUUUGAAGGCAUUUUGAAGCCCUCAACUUGGCUUGGUAACCUUAGAGAAAUGUUACACCAAAACCACAAAUCAGAAUGCACCAACUGAGAUAAAACAUGGCCUGAAAUGUUUGUUCCUAAAUACACCAUGUUUAUUCCAUUCAGAAACUCAAUAGGAAAAUAUAGGUCAGCCUCAAUAUAUACAAAAGGAAUUGUUACAGCUUAAAUAAGAUUUUUUUUUUUUUUUUUUUUUUUAAAGCAUUUGAAUAAAUUCAUAUUUAAAAAUUUUAAUGAGAGAAAAGAUCUAAACACAAGUCAGAUCUGGAGAGGACAACGCCUGCUGGGCUGGCUGAGGAAGGAUUUGGGGGUUUCACUGCUGCUGCAAUAUCUUGCUCCCUGUGUGGAGUCGGAACUCGGGGGUGUGAAUGAGCUGAGGACUCACGGCUGGUUGGAGAGCUGGUGACAAACACUCUGGAUUUGUCCCUCCAACAAGCCGAUCAAUAACCUGCCGGACACUCACUCCAACAUCUUAAAUUCCUCAGCAGCGUUUAUCCUCGAAAGUAACGGGAGCCGCUGCCGUUUCAGGAGAGAUCGGGAAGUGGCCGGACAAAGGACACAGAGAGCACGGUUCAUCGCUGAAUGUUCACGGAACGGGGCUGGUGUUUUGCGAAGACUGCUGUUGCUGCUGCACGGACCGGGCCGUGGAGCCACAAAGCGAAGAGGAUGACAGCACAAGUCAAAGAGUCCGCGCGCCACAAAGGAGGGCAAAGCAGGACGCGUGUGUGCAGAGAAGCAAAUGCCCUAGAUCUGUAUGAUAUCUGAGUUACUCUGUCACUCAGGCUCUUUUCACGCUGUUUCGGGUAACAGUGUCUGAACCCACACCUGGAAAAACAAAGAGAAUGCGUUCAGUGGCAGCACAUCUCCAUGCGUAAAUGGAGACGCAUCUGUGCGUAUUCACUGUGCUUUUUCAUUAUGCCUACAAUAAAUGAUGUUUGUUUUGUCACUAACUCAUGUCCUGUCCCAUGACCACACUGGUAUAGAUGCAUUAUAGACUUCCUCAUACUUCAUAUCUGCCAUGAGUGAUGGCGAUGACUGCAGAAUCUGACAGUACCUGUGCGCAGAGCAGCACUCGUGAAAAAAGCCUCGGCGCACUGGAUCGCAAUGGUUAUGUGAAAACAUGUGUCAUCCCACUGUGCCGUGACCGAGACUACGAGUCGUGGGUGAGGCUAAUGUUCACAAAAAUAUGGAGUUCCCAGAGACUCCGGAGUGCGGUGUGUGUGGGGUCGCUUUCGGUUUUUCUCGCUCUGUUGGUCAAAUGUGCAGACUGGAGAGCUGAAGCCAGCAGCAGCAGCAGCAGCGCUGACAACAGACUCUCGCAUUCAUCGUCUCCCUUUCACUUCGUUACAGGCUGCGCGGCGGAGCUGCUACAAACUUGCUGGAGUGUGGUUUCGCCAUUGUUCACCCUCCUAUGUGCCUUCUUUUGGGUUGGUGUGUACUUAAUCCGCUGUGGGGUUCUAAUCCAGACCGCCCUAUCCCUCCUAACCGUGUGCCACCUGGGCGAAGCAGCGGCGUGGUCUCUCCUGGACGGGACAGAUGAGCAGCUGUUUUCAUUCACGACAGCGGCAGUGGUCGUGCUCGUAUGCGUGGCCACCGGCGCACUCAUGGUAGCACGGCUGAAUCAGGGCAUAUCUGUGAUCGUUUUCAUCAGCAUAAUCAGGACUAUUUCACUCUUCUCACUACACAAAGUCAGGGCCACUUGGAGACCGUACGUAGCGUACCUGGUUGGAGUGCUGGGCAUCCUGCUGGCGAGGUAUGCUGACAAGCUCCUUCCCAACCAAGGGAGACACAAGGAGGGCUGCACCCCCGUGACUGGAGCCAGGGAAGAGAUCCCUGUAUUUAAAAGGCGCAGGAGGUCCAGUUCUGUGAUAGCGUCAGACAUGGCACACAGUCAGUCCAACAGUAAGUCACAUCGCCGGACCUCUCUGCCAUGCAUCCAGAGGGACCAGAUGCUCCCCCGCUCAGAAUGGGACCACAAGAGAGGCUCCCGAGGAUCACAGUCAUCAGGCACCACUGUCAUGGUGGACAUAGCAGUGAUGGGAGAAGCUCAUGGACUAAUCACAGACCUGCUGGCUGACCCCUCCCUGCCCCCCAACACCUGCACCUCACUGCGGGCCGUCAGCAACCUCCUAACCACCCAGCUCACCUUCCAGCCGCUGCACCGGCCACGCCCUGCUCCCCUGCUUAACCCCGGCGAUGCCUACACCUGCUCCGACUCAGAGGAGGGACCUGAGAAAGGAGAGAAGACAUCCAUCCACAAGCGUCUGAGGCGAAGUCUCCACCCUGGUCUUCUGAGGAGGAUCUCCUCCACGUGGACCACCACCACCUCUGCCACAGGCCUGCCCACCAUCGAGCCCGGGCCUGUCCGAAGAGACCGCAGCGCCAGCAUCAAACCGUACCAUGAAACACUCACCUGCAGCUGUGGGAGACCAUACAUCAAACUGAGCCAUGGGGAGGGCUCUAUAGACAAGGGAGACAGGAUACCACGGUCAGCAGAGGACCAAGUGGUUGUGUCAUCAGACUAUGACAGCACCCACGAAGCCAGCCACAGUGACAGCAGUGAUGUAGCACAUACAGAGGAGGACACAGAGGAAGGAAAAAACCCUGCUCAGAACGUCAUCCUCCACCCACUAUUACCUCCUGAGGACAAACCAAUUCUGGCUCCAGAGCCGUUAAUAAUGGAGGACGUGGAGCCUCUGAUGAGUCAGCUUAACAAUUGGAACUUCCCCAUCUUCUGCUUGAUGGAGAAGACCAAUGGGAAAUGUGGACGAAUCCUCAGUCAGGUCUCCUACAGGCUCUUUGAAGACACUGGCCUGUUUGAGACCUUUAAGAUCCCUGUAAAAGAAUUCAUGAACUACUUCCAUGCCCUUGAGAAUGGUUAUAGAGACAUACCAUAUCACAACAGGGUCCACGCCACAGAUGUGCUCCAUGCAGUCUGGUACCUCACCACACAGGCUGUGCCUGGUCUGCCCAGCCUCAUCACUGACCACGGCUCUGCCAGUGACUCAGACUCCGACAGUGGAAUAACACACAGUCAUAUGGGCUUCCUGGUUUCAAAGACCUACACUGUGUCAGAAGAUGGUUAUGGCUGCCUGUCAGGCCUCAUACCUGCUCUGGAGCUCAUGGCCCUCUAUGUGGCCGCCGCAAUGCACGACUACGAUCAUCCCGGGCGGACCAACGCUUUCCUUGUGGCCACCAGUGCCCCGCAGGCAGUGCUCUACAAUGAUCGAUCCGUCUUGGAAAACCACCACGCUGCCUCAGCCUGGAACCUCUUCAUGUCGCGGCCAGAGUUCAACUUCCUCGUCAACCUCGACCACGUGGAGUUCAAGCGCUUCCGUUUCCUGGUCAUUGAGGCCAUACUGGCCACUGAUCUGAAGAAGCACUUUGACUUCCUAGCUGAGUUCAAUGCCAAGGUCGGUGACGAUCCAUCCACAGGCAUCGAUUGGUCCAACGAGAAUGACAGGUUGCUGGUGUGCCAGAUGUGUAUUAAACUGGCUGACAUCAAUGGGCCUCUGAAGUGCAAGGACCUGCAUCUGCAGUGGACAGAGGGCAUCGUCAACGAGUUCUAUGAGCAGGGCGAUGAGGAGUCCAGCCUGGGCCUUCCCAUCAGCCCCUUCAUGGAUCGAGCAGCACCGCAGUUGGCCAAACUCCAGGAAUCGUUCAUCACACACAUCGUGGGGCCACUGUGCAACUCCUAUGACUCAGCCGGCCUGAUACCUGGACGAUGGGUGGAGCCCAACCCAGAGGCAGAGGAGCCAGAGAUCACGGAGAAUGAGGAAGAGGAUGAGGAUGAUACUGCAGAAGAGGACACAUCCACGAGCUCAGAGGCAUCACAGAAAGCAGCCCCCAAGAAGAGAAGGAAAGUGUUCUGUCAGAUCACCCAGCACCUGCUGGAGAACCACGAGAUGUGGAAGAAGGUGAUCGGAGAGGAGGCCCAGAAACAGGGCCAAGGAUCAGAGUCUGUCCAUUUAAACAAUGUAGCUGAGCCUAUUCUGGCUAUUCAUGAGGAAGACGAGGAGCCAGGCAGCAGAGAGGAGCUGGUAGAAGGAGAGGAUCCGGAGGAGGGAGUGGAGGAACCAGAGUGGCCUGUGUCCCCGCAGGAAGAAUCUAAACCUCCAGAGGAACUAGAGGAGGGGGACCCACAGUGAAAGAGCCCAUGGGAAAUAUGGCGUCAGUCAGGGCAAGGACGUGAAAAAGUAUUUCUUUGUUUCUUAUCCUAUCAACUGACUCCUUUUUUUGCCAGCACAUCACUUAGACACAACACUGUAGAUGUUUGGGAAAUGUGUGCCUAUACAGAAAAAAACAGGGUGGGAAAAUUUGUGCUUUACACAUUUUAUCUGAAUAUCUGGUUUCACCAAACAUUUAAAGGAGCUUUCCAUAUUGCAAUACGGGAUUAUUCGUGUACUUUGGGAUACAGACUCUUUUGCUACUGUCAAGAGAAGAGGAAGACUGGUUGCACAGACCUCAACCCAAUGUGGUAACACAGGACUGCAGAAAUUUGCUGCCAAUUUAUACAUAAUUAUUUUCAGAAUGCAAUUAUAUAUAGACAUCACAGUUACUUGUACUUGUGUUUCAAUUUAAGCAAGAGUUUCUGAGGUCUCACAUGGGCCAUAAUAUGUUUUUUUUUCUAUAUAUGGAUUGUAAAGGGAGUCAAUCAAAUGAGGAACAUUGGUGUAUCUUUCUUCCUUUCAACUUCUGCCAAAAUUAAUCACUCACCCACGGGCUUUAGCAUAAAAACACAAACCUUCAUGCAUUUUAAGUUUUGUAUUUGUUUUGCCAAAUUAAGUACUUUAUACCAAUCAGUGUAGCCAUAUUAGUUUAAGGAGGGGAACUUGAGGCUCUUCACACUCUGUAUGUGUGUGUGGAUGCGUGUGUGUGUGUGUGCGAGUCUGUGUCUCUGUGUGUGUCUGUUUGUGUGUUUAAACUAAUGUGCUCAUAUACACAAUUAUUUUGCAGAGGACAUAGACAAAGUCAGCAGAUAACCUCUUAUUUGUGCCAUCUCUGGUCUCCAGUCCCAAAGUGAAUAUAGAGACCUGACACUGACACUACAACAGUGGGUUGUUGGAAAUGAAUUUGUGCUGAAAAAAAGAGUGUACACAGAAUAUACACUAAGUGUUAGGGAAAUAAAAGGGAAUAACAAUAAAACAGUUAACCAUGCAUUCAAACAUUGAAUAGAACCAGAAAUCUUAAAAAUCCCCUAAAUAGAUUAAUAUAUAUAUAUAUAUAUAUAAUAUAUAUAAUCUUUGAAAGUUCUUUUAAAAUGGCCAUAGGUAGACGAACCAAUGCAGUGUCCUUUUGUCUUUUCUACUAAUUCUUGACUCGCUGACUAUGUAUUUUCGCUCAGUCUGCUGUAGUAUACUCUGCACAUACUGGUCCUCAUGAAAUAAACACCUGAAAAUGAUGCUGACCUUUAACCCUCAGGAAACUCAACUGUUGAAUUUAAAAGUUAACAUCUGUAUCACCUGUGAAGACAGUAAGUUGAAAACAUGGCAGGGAUAUUGAGCUAUUUAAGAAUAUGUUCGUAAAAUGCUUAGAACAAGGAUGAAGUUUAUCUUGUCAUACCCACUUUUCUGCCUUGACUGUUGUAACAUCUUUGCGGAUAAUCUCUCUGGAUUCCUCUCCUGGCACCUCAGGGAGAUUUUCAUUCUGUCAGCAUCAAGAGCAGACAGGACUUCAGAGUGCAUCAUACAGUGAUGAUAUACAGGGGAAUUAUUGCAGUGAAAUGUUUUUUCACAUCAGAAAAAUCUAGUUAAGGUUGAUAAAAGAGCAAGCUGUGCUGGCGAGUUUUCAACAUCAGCCAGUCAUAUGGCAGGUGACAUGUCCAAUGGCAGUGCAAGGUGAUCGAGGGCAAAACAAGUCUCUGAAGCCAACUACUAUAGCUGUUUGUUUAUUGAGUAUUGACCAAGAUAAGAGUGAUGGCUGGUAGAUGUGUUAUUUUAUCAUUAUUACACAUUGAAAUGUCAAUGUUGUCAUUUGGAAUUUCCCAUAACCUGAUGUUUUGUUGCUCAUGUUCAGUCGAUGUGUAUUUUUCCCCACAAUGACUCAAAAAUGUUGGUCACAGUCAUUUUUUUAUGGUGGAAAAUAACUGCAUCAACAGCACAGUGUGAUUAUAUUCAGUCACACUGUCACAUUGUCUGUCUAUAUUGUACAUGUUUGGGUCAUCAUUGCUUCAUAAUCAUUAAGAAAAAAAGUGGUGAGAAUGUUAGUUCUAGUCACAUUUAACUGUUGAAAUCAUUGAGACCAAAUAGCAAAGAGAAGCUGCUUUCUAAGAAUUUCCAUAAGACAUGGAAAAUGUUUCUACAUGUGACGAGAAUAAAUGUGACUUGAUAAAAUAACACUCAUCUGAAUAACAUGAUAACAGUGUAAAGUUCAGGAUCUGAUGCUUGAUGAACGGUAAAAUGUUUCAGUUUUUUGUAAAACUCAAAGUCACAGCCCUUACUUUGAAAUGAGACAAAGCCUUUAGGUAAACCAGAUGCAUAUAAAUGUCUCAGAUGAAUAUCCCACUUUCCUUUAAUAAUUCACAUUUACAUAGAAAACGUGUUUGAGAGACCAAAAGUAGAUCUUGAGUUUAAUUAGUGAAGUGUUCGACAUUGAGUUGUCGAGUCAACUUACGGUCACAUACGAGUGCAGUGAGGCAAUCUGUAAUGAAUUAUCCACUGCUAAUCUUCUCAAGUUCUCUUGACCUACAUGCACAUCUGAGUCUCAUAUGGGUUGGUAUCUCAUACUGUACCACUGCUUUCUUUCAUAAUCUUAUAUCUUUGAACUGAUUUUAAAAAGGCAGAACAGUAAACGGCAACCCGUAGAUAGGAUAUGACAGACUUUUCUUUCCAUUGAAAUUACAUUGUAAGAUACAGGUGUGGAACAUCAUGUUCUUGUAUCCUUGUGGAUCCUGAAUUAACAUACUCUAUUAUCACACACUGUUCCUGUCUGUGGUGAAUAGCAUACUCCAUCAAUAAUGGCCUGUUUACAGCUGCCCUGACUCUGCUACAGUCUGUGUUAGAGGGGAGGAGGAACUCAGCCUUCUGUAGCUUACUCCACAUGGGUUGAAGGUAAUUGGUUGACCCACUGAUUAGAAAGGCAUUAGACAGAGAGUCAUUCACAAUCAAACACUGUAUCAGAUCAGAAUUGUCAGAAGCCACUGAAUCAGAACAAAAUGUGUUGCCUCACUCAUUGUAUCUUGUAUUCAACAUACCAUCUGUUUUCUGUAUGUUGCCUGCAAUUCAUCUCUUAUGACUAUAAUCAUCACUAUGGACACAGUAGAUACAUUUUCUUCAGCUUUUGAAAAAUCUGAUAUGACCAAUGUUUUAUAGGAAAACUACUGGAUUCAACACAGACAUCUCUACUGAAGUGGCCAAGAAUUAGAAAAAACACUUUUGUUUGGUAUCAUUCACUGAGAUAAUGUAACUUCCAUUAGCAUCUAGUUUCCAUUCAAGCCCCUGCUUCGUGAAUGUGUGUGUACAUACAUAUAUAUAUAUAUAUAUAUAUAUAUAUAUAUAUAUAUAUAUAUAUAUAUAUAUAUAUAUAUAUAUAUGUACACACAUAAAGUGUGUGAGAGAGUAAGGGAAUGUGUGUUUGUGUUUGUGUCUGUGUCUAUUUGAAUUCUUCCACUGGCCUCUCUAAUGUGACUCUGUCCUGUAUUUGACUAAUUGUACUGUUGAGAGGAGGGGGAUACUACUUCAACUCACAAGUAGAGACGGUGAUGCAGUUAGUAGUUCUUCAAUUCUUCUCAGAUACUUUGAUGAAAUUGUUAUUCACAGAAUGCCCUAUAGCACAUUUCUCCUUGCGCUUCCUCUUUGAUCUACGCACUGCUUUGCCUGCAGAUCUGAGAUCCUCACUGGCAAAAGUAGUAGAGCAGUCAUCACAAAACAUUCCUCAUCUUUAAAGGUGAUGGGAUCCUGUCCACUGUGUUCAUUUUAAUUGAUGAUCACAUUUUUUUCUUUUUUUUUUUUUGGACGAUGCAUGCAUUUUUCCCCAGUCACAUCAGUCUCAAGUCAAUACUUGCAUUUGGGCUGAUACAGUAUAUCAGUUUUGAUUGUGUAUUUUUAUGUGUUAAUUGGUUUUAUUUGAUUGUCAUACUUAUUCACACAUGUAGCAUAAUUGUAACCAUGGGAACCAAACAAGCUUUACAAUUAUGUAAACAAAAAUGAGAUGAGUAUUUUUAUAUAGUUGACACAUGAUUAAAUAAUUAAUUGCUUUCUUCUCACUAGUACCUUGCACUUACCACAUGUACUAAUACUUACACAAGGAAGAAUAUGUCCAAAUACACAGUAUUUGUGAAAGUAAAGUCAUGAAUUUCCUUGCAGGUUGAUGCUCCAUUUUGUACAAUACACAUAUAUGCUGUACAGUAAAGAAAUUUUAAAACUACAAAAACUCUUUUAGAUAUACAUUAUUUAUUUUUACCAUUUUGUAAUUUAGACACUAUACUGUAGCUGCAAUAUUGCCAGACUUACUGGAAGUGCCUAUAUUGGUAUUAUGUAUCAUACAGUGAAUAUAUUUGAAGAUCAUUAGAAGUUGUCACAAACUGAACCAUGUGGAUGUUGUAAUGUGAAUACAUUGAAUUACAAGACUAUAAUUUCUGUGGUA